AUGGCGAACGAAACAGUGGAGGAGGAGGAUUUUAGUAAAGAAGUUACUGUUUUCCUGGACAAAAAUGUAGGAGUAGAGAAGGAAACCACGUCUAAAAUUUACUCUCUUCUUCAAGAUGCUUUAAUGAAAAAGAAAUGUCUCGAAACGGAGGUAUGUUACCCAACAAUUCGCUAAAGUUGAAAGUAAACUUACGCUUACGUUUUUAGCUUCUAGCCUGGCAAUGCAUAUUUUCACGUGUUUAAGCGAUAUCGCUUUAAUUCAAACAAUCUAAAAAGGUGACCACAAGUUUUCUUUAUUUACUUUAGGUCUUAAUUUUCGUCAAGAAGUUUCACUCAGGGUAAAACUAACUUAUUUGUUUUCUCACAAUAUGUAUUCUGUAGUAAAUCGAAACCCAAAAAUGAUGGCCACAUAUUUGCCAUGCUUAUCGUGUUCGAAGGUCAAAAAGUUAAUUAGUAGAGUGAUAUAGAUUCAAGACUGUUGUUUGUUUAUGAAUUACGGGGUUAAAAAAAGGGUUUUUUCAAUAGUCCAUUAAUCUUUAUGAUCAACUGCGUUCAAAAUGAAGUUAAUAAUACAACACUAAUUAAUGAAAAUGAUAAUGAAAUAAGUCAAUUCACCUUCUGGGCGUCAGCUUUCGCGUGUAGUGUCACGUGACUUUCGAUGUAUAAAACAAACUCCCAACGUUGGGGCAUUGGUUUCACCCACGUGUAUGAACUUUGAGUUGCUAUUUCAAGUUUCCGUUUAUAUAGCCGGUUUUUUCCAUGACCUAUAGUCUUUAAAAUUCGAAUAUUGAAUAGAACAUGUGUUCUCACCCACGUACUGUACGUGGUUGAACCACAAGUCACUAUUAAAGUCUUCAAAAAUUAAAUGGAACAUCCGUUUUUUAUUCUCCUUCUAAUAUAAUACUGUGCGAAGUACGAGUUCCUGCUCAGCUAAAUAUUUUCUCCGCUUUAAUUCCCCGAAACUAGAAGAUCAUCCGGGUCAAAAUGUCAAUGCAGAAGAACAGCAGCCCAUGAAUGUGGCAGAACUUAAAAAAUAUUUACAGGAUCGCGGCAUUUUGGUGAGCGGAUAUUUAAACCCUUCGCUGGUGGAAAUCGCUUCUGCAGUCAAAUGAAUGGUUUUACCCGUUGACCCAAACUUUGAAAAAGAUGAAACAAAUGAUGUAGAUACAUUUAUAUCGUUCUUGAUAUGGUAAUUCCUGACCCAUUUCCCUGAAGACUGUGAACGACUUCAACUCUUCGCCACCAUUCGGGUUGUUCGAUAUUUUUAACCAUUAAUUUUAAUCUACCACUCCACCAAUUACAAUAAACAGGGAAUCGCCGCUUAUAAGUCAUUUGAUGACUCUAGAUUAUUCAAUGACGGUUACGUGGAAUCUUUGCUUACUACUCAGUUAAAGCAAGAGGGAGUCCAUGUUUAUGUAGCCAAAGUGAAGCCUUUCAUGAAGUUAAACAGGGACGACAGAAAAGACUAUUCCGAUCUCUGGUUUAUUCUCGAGGGCAGAGGUGCGAACUGCGGCAGUGUACUCCAAGCACGAUGUAAGUGUAAAGGCAGUCGAGAUGGGGGAUGUAAGCAUAUUGCAGCUGCCAUGUACGCUCUGGAGGAUUUGUUAAACACUCGUGGCAAAGAUAGUGUAACAAGUAGCCCAUGUUUUUGGGCUAGGAGGCAAGCAUGUGAAGUGAAAGAUCUUGUCAUUGAGAAAGGCAAAAAACCUUCCCAUGAAAAGAGAAAAUGCAAGCAAGUUUACUCUCAAAACAUUGAAAAAGAUGUCCGUGCUCCUGAAGACACAAAUCCACCAGAUGAGGAGUAUCUUUGAGAGUUUGCCAAACAAAUAUGCCACUUAAAAAAUACACCUGAGAAAAACCCAGCUGAAAAUGCCAAAAAGUUGGUAGGAGAAAGUGGUCUUGUGAAGUCAUGUCCACCUCCCAUCCAGGUGGAAAGAGAACCACAAAAUGCCAGGGAGUGGGGGUUGCUACAUGAAGAGAGUGCUGGCAAGGCAUAUCAGCGUGUUGCAAGCCACACUCAUCACAAGCUAAAGCUCAUCCCAAAAGGCUUUUUAAUCUCCCCGUCCAAGUCUCUUUGGUGCUAGUGUGGACAAUAUUCAGAAAUGUCAGUGCUCUGAUGGUUGCCCAGUAAGAGUGGUUGAAUACAAAUGACCUUGGAAACACAGGGAUCUGCACCCAAAACAAGCCCUCUUGACCCCAGAAAUUGGUGGUAUUCAAAAUGGAAAUAAGUUUGCUUUAAAAUGUAGUUCAAAUUGCUACUUUCAAGUUCAGCUUCAAAUGUUUGUAAGCGGCCUCACCUUGUGCAUCUUUGUUGUGUGGACCAACAAGGGAAUCUUCACUGCUGAGGUACAAAUGUACCCUGUGACCCAAGCUUCAUGUCCAUUGUCAAGUCAGGUUCUCCCUUUCCUAAUAAGUGAAGUUUCCACGACAUCCUUUCCAGGUAAGUAGUUGUAAAGAUUUAAGUCCUAACUUAUUCCAUCUUACUUUAGUAAUUUCUCCAUUCAUUCUGAAGUUUUCUUGUAAUUUACGGUUCAUGCGUGAUCCCGUGCUCAGUAUGUUUUUUUUGUUGUUGCUGUUUUUUGGGGGGCGGUCUCCCUGAGCAGAUUCAUCACAAGAAGCAUUUUGCUCUUCCCAAGAUUCCAGCAUUUCAGAGCAAUACAUAAGCAGCUCUGCAAAGCAGCCCUGUAGGCACUCAGAAGCAAAUGUCAUGAUCAGUUCACAAGAUAAAAGCCCUGAGGCAGCUACUACUGGAACUUCACAAAGUCCCUUAUAUAUAAAUUUGUCCCAGUGCAGUACCCCUACCCCACCUUCAGAGAGUGUGGAUAUCUCUGGACUUCAAAUCUACAAGGACUAUGUCCAAACUGUUCAACCAAAGUCCAUGACCAGUGAUACCAUAGUUUUGUUUUCGUCCAAGUAAGAAUUUUCUUCACAUAACUUUUAAUUAAGGUAUAAAUUAAUGUAUUUUCUUGCUUCUCUCUUUAUCUGCAUCCCGGUUCAUCGGAUACCUUUCGUUUGCGAUUGAGCCGCAUAACCUCUGCACGACAUGAAAUAUUUCAAAUGACAAAUAGUAUUAUAAACAGAAAAACUGACAGACUUACCUUUUCUUUACUGGCAACAGCUGAUAUUGGAUCAGGAUACUCGUUUGUUGGGCCUUUUCCACCAACAAAGUGUAUACUGCAAAUGUAACUAUCCUUCGCACAAACGAAUGAGUCACCGUGAUGACAUCCAGUAAUCCACCUUUGCCAUCUCUUAUUUUGUCUAACUGCGCCAGGAAAAUGGAAAAACUUAACUGGAUCACCAUUCGAAUUUCUUUUCCAAGACUGAGGGUAUUGGGAAUUGUCUCUACAAGUACCACAAGCACAUCAUUUUGUUGUAACCAUUGUUUACCGGUAUAUAGCGUGAUAUUAGGGUCCAAACUUUCGGGUGUUUUUUCACCAAAAUAUGCGACUUGUGGUUCGACCACGUACAGUAGGUGGGUAAGAAGGGAUCGGAUGUGCUAUUCGAUAUUCAAAUUUUAAAGACUAUAGAUCAUGGAAAAAACCGGUUGUAUAAACGGAAACUUGAAAUAGCGACUUGAAGUUUGUACACAUGGGUGAAACCAAUGCCAAACUUUGGGGGUUUGUUUACACCGAAAGUCAUGUGACACUACAAGCGAAAGCUGACUCUCAGAAGGUGAAUUACAUCUGCUUAUUGCAUUCCUUUGUACUUGACUUACUCCAAUACGAAAUUAUUUCCUACACAGUUUAAUAUGUAAUUAGAAGCGUACCUCAAGAACUGUACAUAUUCCAUGGGAGAUUAGAAUUAUCUUGGUUUUUUAAACCAGGCAUGUCUUCAGUCAAGAUCAAGACCACUUAAUUAAUGAGCAGUUUGAGAACUGACACAAUAAUAUGUUAACCAGGAUACUGUCAAUCAUAUGAUUUAAUGGAGGACUUAUUUGAUCUUAACAUUAAUCAUAAUUAAACUUAAAGCAAAUAAAUCUAAACUGAAAAUAAAUGGUACUGUAAACUGGAACAGAAAACUGACUGCAUACACUGAUUUACUGACUUUACUGAAUAUAACACUGGUAAAACUAGUUAGCUGAUUAACAGAAAAUUAUUCAUAACAGAAAAAACCAAAUUAAAACAUUUACAGCGUAAACACUGAACUGAUGAGAAAACUCCUGUUAAAAGGAGCUCUCACCAAAACUAUAACUAUACAUGACAAUUGUAUACUAGCUAAAGUACAAAUUUAAAUUGUUUUCAAGCGUGCACUAAUCAGUGCCAGACCAGUUCCAUUUCAUCACUGUAAUCAAGAAUAAAAAUUAACUAAUUUUUACAAUGUGACCUCUUCUGGUUCAUCAAAAGAGCUUCUCAGUGUAAUCCAAUUCCCUGGAAAAAGCGUUAUUAGUAAAUAAAACCAAUACUCCAGCACUUAAAGAUAUGUCCAUGCGAACAAAUGAGAAAUUCAAAAAACUUCUUGCACUAUAAUGAUAUCAUUUUCUUUGUCCUAUGCUUGUGAGUUAUUUUAAACUCGUGUGGCAUUUUUCUGACAUUUGAUGUUAUUUCGCUAGUUUUUUUGUUUGCUUUAUAUUUUUUACUUAAUAUUUUUUUUUAGUUGUGGCAGGCAGAGUGCCGCACCCCUGAGAAGAUUCAAGAUGUCCUUGACAAGGGCUGCUCAGCAGUGAAGGAGAUCAAGAGUCUUCAUGAGCAGCACCAAGAGCUGACUGUUAAAGUUGAUAACCAUGUUCAAAAGCUUCAGCCUUUGGUUGAAAGGCUGUCUGGGUUAAUUACACAGAUUGCUGAGGUGGAAAGAUUUCGUGCUUAUGUAAGCUGGAUACAGAAGAUUAAAUCAGUAAGGUAUAGCAACUACAAAAAAUUUGCCAAUGCUAGCAACACUCAUAUCCUUAAAAGUAUUGCAGUCCAGAGGCCACAUCUUUUGAAAAUGCUAACCUUUAUUUUAUACCAAUUAUCAUCUACUCGUCAUGAUUACCUACCUUAAAAUGCAGAUUGAAACUAGAGAUAUAGUAUAAGUUUUUUCUCAAGGCAGUUUUGUUAUGAGUUGUUGUUCUUGAAUGGUCACUGAACAUUUAAAGGGGCUAUGUCACUCCUGGCACAUGUGCAAGCCAGUGAAAACAAACUUGAAAACAUCGGUCCAACAUUUUCAAGUUCUAACAGAGAUUUCCCUUUUUAUUCAAGACUGCUUACAAUGGAGUAGUAUACCAGUGAUAUACUUGGUUCCUUUUUUCUCGACGUUGCAGUGAUUCGGCACGAUCAAACAAUUUUGCACGCUCAAUGUGUGUUUCCCUAACAUCAAAACAAAGAUAUCAAAAAUAGUGUCUCUUUUGUUCUGUCAGCAUCUAAAUUAUAAAAUCAUUAGUGACAGACAAGUCUAAUUGUUAAUGAUUUGAAACAUUCUUGGUCUUUAUCUUUGGUCUAGAGUCUUUUGUAGGUGGUUUAUAAAAUAAAACUUUGAUUUAUUUAGUUCACUACAACAAUGUGUUGUUGUUGAAUUUUUGUUUGCACUCUAUUUUUAUGAAUUGGAUACAUUUUUACUUCAAAACUACAAGUAAAAUUAUCUUAACACUUUUAUUCGUGACAAAGAAAUUGAGAAAACUUAAUCUAGCAUAACCAGAGAAGAAACGUUCUGUAAAUUUUAUCAAAAUAUCCCUUAUCCAAACGCAAUUCGCUUGUAAACGUCUCUGUAAAUUUGGGAGCCUUGGAUGUGAUAGAGAAAGUCACGCGUUAAAAACAAUAGAAUUUUGACAGUUGAAAGUUAUUUGCAUAACCUCAGCGCGCAUGCUCUCCAUCUGACAUAGCCCCUUGUACACUUUUUCCUUGUCAACCUAUUCCCCAUAAAAAAAGCUCAGUGAAGACUACAUGUAGUUGAUAUCACUCUGAUGGUGAAAAUAUCAGCAUUGCAAUCAGCGUGUAGAGAAAAUCAUGUCCGAUAGCCCGGGACUAGUAGAUUUUGCUAUCAAGUUAGUGAAUUCUGUUCUUAAGUUGCCCGACGGGCAAAUAAAAUUCACAUACAUGUACAGAAAAACUGUAAUCAAUCCUGUUCAUCAAAAUGACUCUAAUGGGCUAGUACAUGCCAACUGCAACUUGCCCGAAUGACAAGCUGUAAAACUGACUUUCUUUGCAUCCUGCACAAUGGGUAUUUUUGAUGAGCAUGAGCAUUUCUUAAUGUUGAAAAAUAGUGUAUUUGAUAAUUAUUAUCAAGUCCACAUAUAUAGCAGUAGAGGGUGCAUGCAUGGCCCCUCCAAGUGUAAACCCCUUUCCUGAACUGUUGAUUUUGUGAAUGAGUUGAUGUAUUCAUGACUUUGUUUUCAGUUUUCAGCUUCAACAGUUUGUAGAAAGUGGUCAAUUAAACUGGGCUGUAGAACAGUUGACAGUGCUGUCUGAAUUAGCUAAACUUCUCAGUGACUCAAGAUGUUGUAACUUGACCAAGUUUGUGAAGGAGAUGCAUCUACAUUGGCAGAAGAUUCUCCUCAAUAAGUUAGCAAGGUAAAUCAGCGUCUGGAAUUAACUUUUCCAUUCUCAUGUUACAUAAGUGAUGAAUAGAGUUAUUUCAUAAGCAUGGAUGGGGCCAUCGCUCCCCUUUUUGUCUUUGUAAGGGUGGUUUUCACCAGCGACAGAGUCGGAGUCGGAAUCGUCGUAAGCAGAGUGGUAAGGGCACUUUUGACCUUGUAAAUAUCAAAAUUGGAGUUGUAAGCAGAGUAAAGCGUGACAGAAUGACUCUUCUGACUCCGCUUAUGACUUCGUCACUUCGUUCCGCUUAUGAUCUAGUGAUCAUGAAAACCAGAUUAUCUGAGUCAGAAUGGUUUUAUUAGUUCUUCUUCUUCUGCUUGUGACUCUAACAACCUAGGUAGUUUUCACUUGAUUGUAAAUGACACCAGUCAUAAGCAGAAUCAGAACGCUGUUUUCACUAAGUCAUAAAGUUGUACACUUCGAUUGUGACUCCGACUCCGACUCUGACUCCUUCCUAGUGAAAAUCAGCCAUUAAGGAGAGUUUUGUAAUCCAUAAGUAAUAACUCUAACUGGCACACCAUAAACCUUGGUUCCCUUUAAUUUCAGAAUUUUGUGGAACUGUUGCUGGUGAGAGUUUCAAAACUUUCUCCAAGCUGGACAAGAGAUAAAAAAAAUUAAUAGAAAAAGAAAUUAUUACAAUUAAUUAAUAAGUAAUAUUAUAAUAAUAUUGUGAGGAUGCAUAAGCUUCUGCUCACGUCUCCCAUCUCCUGUUGUACAUGAUUGCUCUUUUGACAAUUAAGUGGCUCAGUACAAUGAUCAUCCCUGUGAGAAAGAAGCUCCAAUUACUAACAUUUUUAUAUUUUUCCUUAGCGUUUCCUCUUAAGGGAGCUUAUACAUGUAUGUAGGCCACAAUGACAACUACUGGGUAACAGGAAUAAAGUAAAUUUUUGUAAUGAACUUUUAUUCUCCCAUGGUAGUGAAUUUGAUGAUGUCAUGAAGGUUUUAAAGUGGCCUUUCACUUCAGUUUCGAAUGCACCUCCUUUGUCCACAACAUCUGAUGACUACAGCAGACUUGAAAAUGUAUUUGUCCUCCUGCUUAAACUGCAAGAAUUGUAUCCUUAUAUUCAGAUACUCAAAAGAAUAAGUUUAUUCUGUUGAUUUUGUUGUUUUGAAUAGUGAAGGACAGGUUUUACAAGUACAGAAUACUUUGUACAUUGAGGACAGUUUGGGAGUCAUGUAAAUUUUCUUCUGCAAAAACAGUUAUGGUUAAAAUAUGGUUUAUGGUUGAAGGCAUUAUUUUCAUUAUUAUUGUUACUGUUAUUUAUUAAACGGUUUUGUUUUUAUAAUGUUCUGUCAAAUACUGCCUUCAUACAUUAUAAAGGUUUAGGCCUAAAUGAUGUUUAAGAGGAAUUAACAGUGUAUUUACAUGCAUAAGCUGCUUAGUAUACAAUAAUGAAAGGUUUGAACCCAGGAGUCGUUUCAUAGGUAGGUUGAGCAUGAUCAUCUGGUAAAAUUAGAAUCGAAUGAAAAAAUCCUUCAGCAAGGUUUCUUAGUGCAAAUUAAACUUUGAAUUUUUCACACCAUCUGCAGCCAACUGACUGUCUUUAAAGUAGUCAUGUGAUGGAAAUUAUUUUCUUUCAUCACAUAACACCAAGUGAUUAAAAAAUUUUGGACAGUUCAUUGCCCUAAUUUAUCUUUGUUUAAGGUUGGGCAAUGGGCAUCUCAUGUGGAUGCCUUCUUGACUUUCCCAUGGUAUCCAGGCCAAAGGUUUUGAAUCCCCACCCCCCACCCCCGGCCACUCCCAUGGUGAGCAGGGCUGUCACUAAGUUUUCAAUUGCCUGGUAAAUACAACAAGUAGGCAGGGAAUCAAACAGCUAAUUGAUUUUCCUAUGAAAAAAGCCAAGGGGUACAUUCUUAGUAGCUGGGGCAAAUCCCUGGCCCCUGCCUCUUAAUGGUGCCCUGGUGGGUCUUGGACUGGUGUUCAUAGAUGGCAGAUGUUGUUUGUUUCUGGUGUUUGCCCAGUCUAUUUCUCAGUGCCCUAUAUGUUGCACCUAUGUAAAGCUUGCCACAGCUGUUAUAUGUUAUCAUAUACCAUGCAUGUCUCCUUCCUUUCUGGUGGGGGCUUGGGGGAGGGGUACUGACAAGACAAAAUGAGACAAGACAAUAUUUUGAUUUGGAGUCUUAUACCAGCAGGAACAUCAACAUUUUCCAAAUAAUUCACAAUUACAAUCAUAUACUAUGUAGUUGGUAAUUAUACUAUAUAUGACAAGUUAAUAGAGAUAAUAACAUGCACACACAUUUUAUUAUAAAUUAUUUUCUUUUUGUCUCCCUUUUUUUUCUUAUAUUGAAGCAUUCAAUACAUCCAUUCAUUAUAUUCUUUUAGAUGUACCAGUGGGGACCUCAGGGUGUUAUGAGAUCUGAGGUCAUAGUUGAUGCCUUGUUGAUGAAAAGAUUCUACUGAAGAGAUAUUAAUUGAGAGUCCAAAUGCAGGACCCACAGUGAUCAAUAUAAGUCUAGUAGACCCCAAGGUGUUGUUUUGGUACCUUUAAUUAGGUCAGGGUGUGAACUUGAACAUCCACCUUUGUGGCCAUUUGCAAGCAACGCAUUUGGGGUGUUGCAGCUGGGUUCCCUGUUGUCUUGUUUCCCACCUUUUAGAUCACAAGAUGAGUGUUUUUGUUGUAUGAAGUCACUCGAUAUAUCAUAUUGGAGUGAUUCACUUGAAGUAACAACGUUUUAACGCUUGACAGCGUAUAUAUAUCCUUGUUUGUACGGAUUGGUUUGUGUUGUCCAAAUACAGUGUUAAUGCCAGUUUACAAGUGGAUUUGCACCUUACAAGUUGGACAUCAUGGUAUCUAAAAUAAUGCUCUGCUCUUUGUAGAUGGGACACAAUUGAUCUCUUAUGAUGUGAGUCUUGGAUACUGGUAGAUGCAAAAUUAAGGUUACCUUCUUAAUAGUCAAUGAGUUUCAAUAUCAAUAUUUAUCAGUUGUGUUAUAUUACUGUUAGUCAUACAUGUAUCCUCAAAUGUUGAUUAUCCUUAAUUGUUAACUUUACUUUCUGAAACUUAAGUAACAAAACAUCGUCUGAAACUGCUGAGGAUAAAAGUGAAAUUUUGCUCCCAUUAGACUGGUUACUUAAGCCCUUCAGAAAGAGGUUCACCUUUCAUUUUUAUGGAAAUAAGCAAACAAAUAAUCUUGAAAAGGUAUGUAUUGUUUACAGACCUUAUUUUAAUCAAGGAAUGCAUGUAAACUCUUGCGCAAUUUUUUUUUUACAGCUUGAAAUAAAAACAGUUUAAUAAUUAUCUACAUAUGAACUAGGGUUUGUCCAACUGCACAGUGUUCUGUUCAAAACCACCCAGCAGGUGUAUGUAACAGUAUUUUUACGCUUACAACCACAACAAUAAUAAUAAUGAUAAUGAUAAAUUAUGAUGAUAAUGAUAACAAUAAUAAUGAUAACUUUAUUUUGUGUUUUUUAAUAAUAAUAAUAAUAAUAAUGAUAAUGAUAAUGAUGUGUCAUCAGGGAGUUCAGUUCACAAAAGUGAUAUUCUUCAAUGUCCCAUGAAAGCAAAGGAAAACUUUUAUAAACAACAGUAAAAAAUAACCAUGUUAAAGUGAUUUAUAAGAAGUACUGUAACAACUUCAAACAAACAUACAUUGUUUGUACUGUAAGGUACAGUGUACCCAAGAAGUUAACAAGUUAUCCCCUCUAGCAGGGAAGCAAUACCUAGUUAUGGGUGGGACCUAAGUUUGAAUUCAGUGAUACCUAAUCUUAUGAAUGAUAUGUUUGAAUCUGUAAUAUAAUAUAAAUGGUUUGUAAUAUAAAUAAAUGGAGGAAAUAAUAACAUAACAAAAUAAAUAAAUAAAUAACAAAAUUCAUGUUUGGAAUUGUCUCAUAAGGUUCCCAUAUGGUAUACAUGUAGUUUACGUGUAGUUGUAUAUGAAGACAAUUCCCAAAUAAUUAUUAGUUUUGAACCUGUUUCUUGAAAGACCUAGAAACUUUUUGGGCCUGGAAGCAAAUUUUAACAUCAAAAACUGCUGAAUAGUAGCACAGUUCCUAGCCAACAAACCAGUCAAUUUGGCUUUCCAAUAAAGCUGAUAUUAACUGAUAAACUGUAUUAUUUUCAAAAUUAUUGAAACUUUGAUCUUGAAUGUAAACACAUCAUAUACAAAUAAGCUUUCCAGGCAUGAAAAAUUACCGGGACUUUUGAAAAAGAGGUGCUAGGCCCCAGUUGUUCAAAAUGCGGAUAACGCUAUCCACUGGAUAAAUUUCUAUCCAGUGGAUAGUGCAUUGGUUACCCUAAGUUCUGGAUAGUGAUUUAUCAAAUGGAUAGUGCUAUUCAACUUUUGAACAAUUGAGGCCAGGACUGCAAGGAGGAGCUUAUUUGUGGAAUUUAAGGGUAAUUUUGUUUUCUUGUUAGCCUGAAUGGUAUUUUACUCAAGUCCUGAAUUGGAUCAAGAAUCACAGUGAUUUUCUUCAGCACACAAUACAACCCAUACUUGAAAGGACUGAAUUUGGAUCUAUAGAUGCAAAGGUGGGUUGUGCUUAAGUUGUUAAUACAUGUAGCUUGGUCUAACUUUUAACUUAUUUUUUAUUCACUCUUUCAUGUAUUUGUUUAUUCAUUUAUUUAUUUAUUUAUUUAGAAGCCUUCGCAUCAAAUAGUUGGAAUUAUACAAAAACAAUCGUCAUGUACAUGUAUGUACUUUACUGAUAAAAUAUGAGUGGGAGAUGCGUUUACGUUGACAAGUGUGAAAGCUCAAGCAGGCCAUUGUAAAAACCCAUACAGAUCAGAAUUGGAUGUGAAUAUUUUAUCGUACAUGUACUUAACUUGUAAAAUUAAUUAAUGUAAACAACCAGUAGAGAACUGUAUCAAAAUUUAAUGAAUACUGAUUAGCUGAGAGGGAGUUAAUGUCAAAAGUUAAUUCUACUGUUUAAUAAUCCAUCAACCCUGUGGAUUUGUGUUGGGGUUUACAGAGGUGCACAUGUGACUCAAAUACAUGUACCGGUACUACCUAUUGAUCUGUCAUAAUGAUGUUGAUAAAUUUUGAAUUCAUUUUAUACUGACACUCCCUUAAAUUUUCUAAACAAUAAAUGACAACAAAAAAUAAUACGUAAUGCAUCCACAGGUUAGUGUAAACUGUCAUUUGAGGCUGGAGCAAAAUGUCUACAGAAUUUAGUUAAUUAAAAUAAGGAUUUUAAGGGGAAGGAUGACAAAGAUUUGCUGCCGCUGACAAUAAUCUUACGAAGUGUAGGUAUAAAGUGGAAAUCUUCCCAAGUGACUAAGUAUUGCUUAUUAAGUUACUGUGACCAGUUAGUACAUUAAAACUGUUGAAAAGUGGCUUUGGCUUGUAACGUUUUGCCUACUUUAAUCUAGUUUUCAAGUUUAGCAGUAUUUUUAUCUGGAUAAAAAUCUCUUGAAAACCAUUGUUUGAGAGUGAAUUUGUGGCCAUUUUGUUAGUGUAACUUCAUAUCAACUUUAGUGUACUUUGCAUUAAAAGUUGUUCCUUAAUAAAAAAAAGAAAGGAUCAAGUCAUACAAUGCUCAGUCCCCAGGGAUCAUUGUGUGACUCUGGCCCAAGUAGGUUCGAAGGAGACUAACUGAGUACUUACCUUUUUUUUCUUUUUCAGACUGAAUUUAUUGCUGGAUUAUUAAAAGUUGUUGUGCAGAAAUUGGAACAUAGCAUUCCUCAAAUAAUAGAUGAUGACAUUUUAUUUUCCCAUUUUAUUGAUGAACUACUGUUAUUUAACAAAGAACUUGGUUUGGCUCAUAAUUAUCAUUCAACAGAACAUGGCUGUUUACAUGUGCUUACUACUGAUUCUUGUCUGGCAAGGUGGCUAGAGUUAGAAAGAAACUGUAAGUAGCUACUUGUAUUUAGUGGUCUGUUCAUGUAGAUACUAACAAUAAUUGGCGGUAGUGUCGGGAAUUGGCUGAGAUUUCUUUUUUACUCAUCUGAAAUAAUGUGGUGGUCAUGGUCACUCACAAGACUUGGUCAUUUAAAAUGGCUUUUGAUUGUAGGGAUUUAAAGGGAAAAAUUCUGUUGUUUUGGAUAGUUGGUCACUUUAUAGGGUGUAGUCGUUUACAAGUGGUUAAAAACAAUGAAAAAUAAUGAAACUGUAGGGUCAAAAAGUAGUUGUGGUCCCUCACAAGGGGUGGUCCACCAGUCGUUUACAAGAGGUUCUGAUUGAUUAUAGGGAUUUGACUGGGAAAAGUUUGGUGUUUUGUACAGGUGGUCGCUUUAUAGAGAGUUGUCACAAAUGGAAGUUUGACUGUACACUGUAUUUCUUUUGUCUGAGCUAAAUUGUCAGCAGUGGUUUGCCAGAUUUUAAUUAACUUAUUAAACACGACAGUAAUUUAUUUAUAUUCUUUCCAUUUUCUUUAUUAUUAAAAAUGACAUAAAUUAGUUUCUUAAGUAUGAAUUAUAAAAAGUAAAUCCUUUUUGUUAUAUACCGUUCUAAUAUUCCAAAGAUAGCUGGAAUGUCAAGCUUUAAAAGCUGAACCUCAUGUACGCAGUUUGAUAAUAAUUUAUGUUGUUUCCUAUAACACUACUUCCUUCUUAAAAUUAAUACUGAAGCUAACAUUACAGGUUAACCUGUUUACAAUGACUACCACUUGUCACAAUACCUUGGAAACUCCUUAAUGCGACAACCAAUGGGCCAUAAAAUCCUCUUUGUAAUAAUAUGAAGGUGGUCCGUCAGUGUUUUACUUUUUUGGAUCAAAAGAGCAUGGUUGCAGUAUUUAGUGAGGCUGUUGUACAAACGGGGUGGUCGUAAAGUGGGGUUCCACCAUUAAUACAGGGUUUGCAAUAGAAACCGGCAGCCAGUGAUUGACCGCCGCCUACUUUGGAAUUUGUAGCUACUUACAUUGUACUUUGCAUUGUGACCAAGUCUUCUACCUUUCCCUUCUUCUGAUAUUGAGUUUUCCUUGUCAUAUAUUUUACAAAAUAAUCAAUCAAGACCAAACAAGUAUUAAACUCUUUUGUGCUUCCAUACUUGUCAACCUCCAUGUUUUCAACCGCGUAAACAUCCGGGUAUGUGACAUUCACUUUGGCCCAGCUCUUCACAGUUAAACAUGGUAACAAGUUACUCAAUUCCAGUCUUACACAGUUUGCAAUAAUAAUGGCGGCCUUAAUGGCCUCGAAAAUGCUUUUCGGAGCUUCCAUAUUUAAAAAUUUUCUUUGGAAAUACGCCUCAAUCCCCUCAUUAGUUUACUACAGCCUCUCCAUUUGUCACAACCGCCUACUAAGGGGUGGAUGCCUACUUCAAAUCCUUUUGAGAAACCUACAUAAAAUAAUGUAAGUUUUAUUUAUGUCUUUCAGAUGCUAUAUCAAACAUGGAAUCAGUAUUAGCUUCUUCAUCAGCUUGGACACCUAAAUAUAAAGAAGUGGGGGAUGUAGAUGACACACGGACACCAGAAUGUGCUGAAAGCUUCAUGACUCUUCUGACGGUUAUAACAGGUAAUGUGACUGGGGACAUUGCAUUGAUGAUGUCAGUCUUUUUCAUCACAAUCAAAAUUGUUUGAGGGAGAAGACGACAACAGAAAUAGGUUGUAACAACAACUUUCCUUAUAAGAAACAAAAAAGCAGGACUCCACUGUAAGUCUGUUGAGCCUUCUACACAGUGGCCAGUGGCCAAUAUGAAGAUUUGAGAACAAUCCUAGACUUCAGUUUGUAAAAUGCAUCAAGGUCAACAGUACCAGUCAAUGCAGUACCAUGCAAGUACCAUGCAACCAUGCUUAAGAGGUUCCAUUUAAAUGGCGACACCAUGGGAUUCCGUCCACAGACUCAAAUACCAGAACAACAUUUUCCUCUCCUUGUUGACCCCAGGAGUAGAAGGGUUGAAUACUCCCCCCUUCCCCCCCCCCUUCUCCGACCCACUGUGUCGUUAACGUACUUCCUUCAAAAUGUGCAAAUGAGGAACAAUCAUCGACUAUAAACAUGAGAAUGAGAUUAUUCUUAUUCUUCCCUUUUGUUUUGUUUUUUCUUCCUUCUCUUCUCACUAGAUCGGUAUAGAAAUUUACCUGGUGUUUCACACCAGGAGCGAUUUUUAGAAGUUCAGCUCUUUCUUUUGGAGAGUUUUAUCUCCAGAUUGAGUCUUGAAGCAGAGGAGAACUCUUUCGCACCAGCUGGUUUACAUUACUGCUCUGUAUUGAAUGCUUCUGAUUACAUCAAGCUUAUACUUCAGGAGUGGAGCGAGCAAAUGGUAUCUUGUUGUCAAUGCAUUAUUACUUAAACACUUCUUUAAUUAUAAUAUUUUUAUAAAGUUUUUAUUUGAAUCCUGAGCUACAGCACCUUACUACCAGUAGGAAGAUUUUGCAAUUUUUUUGGCAAAUUUUGAGAACCGUUACAUGAAUUUUUUGAUAUUCUAACUGUGAAUGUGUUUGAACAACCCAAAAAUGAAUAAGAUAGGACUAUAAUUGACACCUGAAGUCCAAGUUAAUAGUUUAUUUUUUGAGCACUGUUCUUGGAUUUCUUCCUAUCUUUUAAUUAUAGUUAUUGUUAAGACUGAGUAAAUGUUAAUGAUUUUUAAUGUUUUCAGCUAUUUCUUAGACUCAAUCAGCACCAUAAUCUAUCCAUGGACUCUUCAAAGUGUGCGAAAACUCUAAAUGCAGCCUUUAAGGUUGAAGAAAAAUGUGAAAAGGAAGAAGAAGAGGGGGAUUCCCCAGUGACAGGAAGUGUAUUUGAUGGUGUGUUGCAGUCCCUGCAGGAUUUAAAAGAACAAAUGAUCAGAGUUAUCGUUGAUCAUAUUGUGCACGGGUUCCGGAUGUUAAGCAAACCAUAUAAGAAAGAAAAGUGAGUAGCAUUGUACAAUUUAAUCCAAUGAUAAGUAGUUGAGGAAUUUUAUCUGCCCAUACAUGUACAUCCUGUUACAACUUGGUCGGCCUGUAUCAACUUUUUUUCGGUGCAACAAACUGACAAAAUUGUUAAAUAUAAAUGAGAUAAGCCUGAUAUAAACCAAUGUGGGUUUGGGUUUAUAUCAGGUAUAUUCCCACGUACUUUUCUUAAAUGUUUGACCAUUGGUGGCGAGUUGAUUGGUGGCGAGUCGACUUCUUGGUGGCGAUUAUGCUGGUUGCGAGGUGACCAGAUACCCCUAAACAUUGUUGCAGUGCGUGUUUCCUCGCUGCGGUAGAGUUAUCUUACUUGUUCGAUCAAAGGUCUGCAGAUUUGUAGGCAGCGAGUUCAAUUCCCAGGGCUGAACAAACAUUCAUUCAGCAAGAAGGUACUACUUUUGUCCUGCUAAUGAUAAACUGUGGCGCAGAUGACCGCAUAGAAAUGGCGGUGUCGCUUCUAUUGAAGAUGUUAAUAAACAGUGCCCUCAAAUCAGUACUUGCAUGCUAAAUACAUUCAUUGUCACUUUUUUUCUUUUUUCAAUAACCAUGUAGGUUUUUCAUGUAAGUAGGACAGUAAUCGUGCAGGUCUUUCACAAUAAUUCUGCGCCUUAAUGCAGCUUUGCACGGAUAUAAAGAUUGAUCCAGUUUUACUUCCACUGAAGUGUGAUAAUUUUACAUGUCUGUGGUCUGUUCCGCUAUCUUAGAAUGAGGGGAUGUCUUCAUCAGCUUUUAACGUAAUAAUUCAUUUGUUUCAUUUUAGGUGGCACAUAUUUCCUCAUCCAAAGGAUGUGCUUCUAUUAACUCUAUCCUCGUCAGCUUGUGAAAUGUUGCUUUUUGUGAAGGGAAGGUUUCAAAUUCUCCGAGAACAGCUGGCAAGUAGUAUCUUCAGUGUGGUAUGGAAACAACUUGCACAAGCACUAAACAAGUUUAUAUUUGAGGAGGUGAGAGAUAUGAACUGUUGCUAUACCUAAUAACUAGCAAACUUCAGUGUUGGACGUCGUCACUCCAGUGACUGAAAUAAACAUUGAGGCUGUAGAAAACCUUGUUGCGGUCCAAUCACUUGGCAAACUUUAGCUAUGCAGAAGGCAGAUGUGUUUGGAGUUGUACUCUGGGAGGAUGCAAAAACUGCCCUAAGCAUACCUUAGGGUACUUUAAAUCAAACGCAGAAGUAAAAGAAAAGAAGAUUUCUUUCCUGAAUCUGUUUUUGAAAUCCGUGUUGCAGAAGGAUUUAUGUAAAACAAAAUCCCUCUUGAAAGUCCUUCACUGUUUGUUAUUCAGGAUGUAUUCUUGCAGUUCUUAGCAGCAUUUUGACCUGACACAUGUUGAAAUUGUUUUGUUUCACUCGGAUUCGGCGUGCAGGACUACAAUCAAUUGAAAUUCUCAACUUUUCACCCGAAUCGGUGGUUUGGAGUAGCAAAAAGCGAAUGUUAUUAUUUUCAUGAUGCUUAUUUGCAGUUGAAAAUUAUGUUUUCCUUACAGAUAAUUCUGCAGUGUCACUUUAAUGAAGGAGGGGCAGCCCAGUUACAGUUUGACUUGACAAAGAAUCUCUUUACAUUGUUUCUGGAAUACACCCAAAAACCAGAGAAUUUCUUCAAAGAGUAAGUAGACAAAUUAAGAAACGAUCCUUCUGUUAACGUUCGCUAGACGAGUUAAGUUGGAGCUAAAGUUCUGAACAGAGUUCUGAUCCUAGCUACUCGGUUUUAGAGUCUUUGAAGCUUCAGAGUUACAGUCUCAGUCAAAAUUGUUGGGACACUUUGAGGCCUUCUUGCCCUCCCAAUGUUGGUGUGUAAAAUGUGGUGAGUUAACUGCGAUAAACAACAUUGGGAGGAGGAGGAGACGGUCCAGAAGUGAAAAUAACAGUGUUGGGUGGAAGUGUCCCAACUAUUUUUGUCUGAUACUGUAGUUCUGAACCCAAACUCCUCCAUACGACAGGGAGAGUAGGGAUUUCUCGCUUAACAACCUAUUCAAUUAGCUUUUUGUAUUAACUAACUCACUUGUCGCUUUUCGGUGUAAAUAACUCACUGCAGGUGUGUAAUUUUUUCUUUUUCUUCCUUAGGGUCAAAGAAGCUUGUAUCUUGUUAAAUCUUCUACCAGGCUCCGCUGUGCUAUUAAGAGACUUGCUUAAGUCGUCUUCAGACAAUGCCAUCUGUGAAAAGGAAGACGUGCCUCCGUCCCGUGCUGCCUUGCAGGAUGCUGGGGUAUACAGAUUAACUCCUGAUGAAGCUCUGAAAGUUCUUAAUCUAAGAGUGCACCUACCAAAUGUUUAAUUGGAUAACUGGUCUGUUAGGUGACACUUGGAUGAAUCCGGGAUUCAGUUUCACGUGUCUACUCAAUGUAAAAUGGACCUCAAGAGGUGAGCAAGACUAAAGGAAAUAAGACGGGAAGGAAAAGUGAGCUGGAAUGAGAAUUCUGCUCCACCUGCUGGCGGCUUCCUCCUCUGUGGUUCUCUUACCCCAUGUGCUUGUUACUUCUUUCGCUUUCACAUCAUUUUUGAUUUUCCAUUUCUUGUGUUUUCUGUCACCUCUGCUACUUUUUCCCCUCUGCAGUAGGCUGUGACUUAUCGUAAGCCUCAUUCUACCUUCCUUGUCUCUCCCCUCUUUCACACUUACAAAGGCUGACGUCUUAACUAUGCUACCAUUUGAAAGCAAUUUAUUGUAAAGUCACAGUUCUUUGUGUGACUAUAAAAAUAUGGAAUUCUGUUAGAGGAAAACAUUGGAAAGGAAUAACAAAACAAAAUCAAGAGUCGAUCUGUAAAAUCCAGCUUGCAAAAGGACUUGCAAUCAAUGACAAGAAUAUUUUAACCACUUUUUUCAAUGUACCGUACGUGAAUUUUCAGAUAGUGGACAAGUAAUAUUCCCUUGCGUUAUACCAAGUGCUUGUAGCUGGGCUGUCAUCACUUGCAAUGCUUCUGGUUUGACACGCAAUGUUUAUACCAUAUCGCAUAUAACAUGGAAAGUGAAUGAAAAUACAAAAUCAGAAGUCGACGGAGUUAAGCUUUUGAAUCUAGUGAUCGGUUUAGGAGUCCUUUAAAAUUGUGCAGUGACAAGUGUCGUACCUUGACAUCCCACCCCCUCGCUAUAGGCACCAGAAUGGGCGGGGGCUAGUAUGAUAGAGGUCAAAGUAAGGGGAAGGUGUCAGCACUAGGCCAUAUCUGAGGUGCCUUAAGCCUCGUUUUCAAAACAAGGGUUGUUGCUAAGUUUGAUGUGAAAAUGACUUUUUAAUUCUCUGGAAACAAGUUAUUAACGCCUUGCUUUAAGGCGAAGGACUUUAGAACUCGAAAAAUGGUCCGUUGGUUUAUCAAGGGUCUUAUCAAGGCCAGUAAAAAACAGGAUUCUACUUAUAUUGAAAGCUGUCCAGUGCGCAUGCGUAAAAUGCAAAUAUUUUUCCGGAAAAUUGACCAAGUUGCGGACAAAUACAGCAAAGCAGUGGACUUUCAUGGCGCGAAAUCAUUGUACAGUAUUUUUUGUCCAUCUGGAGUUGUUAAUUAAAAGUUAAUACGUGGACAAUAAUUCUAACAAAUGACGUAAAGAACAGAAUUGUAUAAUAUCCUUAAACUAGCAUCAAUUCCCCAAAAACAUAUGUACAAUUUUUUCAGAGUUUUAAAUUUAUUUAUGCAAUACCA